AUGGCCGCACCAUCGACUGAAGGUUACGCCCCAGAAUGGCUUGAGUACGAGCAAGCUCUCGGUCAACGUCCUGUCCUGGGUGGAUCCGCACAAGAUAUCGUUGAUCAGUACACUGCCCUAGGAGCAAUGCUUGCAACACAAGCUCCUCCGCCAGAUACCUCUGUUGAGACUCGAGACGAAACUGCUGAUGGCGUUCCGGUCCGUAUCUACACGCCCCCAGGUGCAGCUGGAAAGAAACUCCCGCUCGCUGUAUAUUUCCAUGGCGGUGGAUACUUGGUUGGUGAUCUGAAUUCGGAAGAUCCUUGGUGUCGAGUUAUUGCCAAGUCAAUCCCUUGUAUUAUGGUUUCGGUAGAUUAUCGUCUUAGCACAGAGCACAAACUUCCUGUUAUGCUUGAUGAUUGUCUCACUGCCUACAGAUGGGCCCGCAAGAACGCUGCAGAUAUCGGUGCCGAUCAAUCUCACACUAUCUCCAUCGGCGCCUCGGCUGGUGGUGGUCUCGCUCUCACAGUAGCAGACCAGCUUAUUAAAUCCGGCAACAAAGACCACGUCCAAGGCAUCGUAGCUAUCGUCCCAGUAGCCGCGCACCCCUCCUCCGUGCCCUCUAAAUACGCCUCCCACUACACAGCCCACAAAGACAACGCAUCAGGCGUCCCCAUCAUCGAUUGGGGCUCCAUGGAAACCUUCUACAAGACAGCCGCCGCCGAUCCCCAGGACGAGAAAACGUUCGUCACGCUAAGCAAGAACUUGAAGGACUUCCCGCCGACGUAUAUUUGUACCUGUGGCAAGGAUCCGUUGAGGGAUGAUGGGAAGGUGUUGGAGAUGAUGCUGAAGGAGGAGGGGGUUAAGACGAAGAGUGAUUUCUAUGAGGGCGUGCCGCAUUAUUGGUGGAUGUUUCCUGGGAUGAGGAACGCGGAUAAGUUCUUUGGGAAUUUGAUUGAGGGUACUAAGUGGGUUUUGGGGGGUGGGAAGUAA